AUGCGUCUCCUUCCUGCGUCAUUACCACGAUUCGCACGGCCACGUUUCCCACAAGUUACUCGGACAUUUUAUCGACCAAACCACAUAAUGGCUGAGGGAGAAGCAAUCGAGGAACAGAGCUUGCCGCGCUACCAUGAAAGACGUUACUACCCCGUCAAAAUUGGCGAUGUGUUGAAAGACCAAUACCGAAUUAUCGCAAAGCUUGGAUACGGCCGUAUCCACUGUCUGGCUUGCCUGGGAUCAGAGUACACUUCACUCAAAGUGUGUGUUAGCCAUGACACCGAAUCUUCUCCAGUUCUCAACGAGAUCAAUAUGCUGCGGCGUUUGAAGAGAUUCGCUGACACCGAACAACGCGACCUUCCCGGAGUGGGCUUUACGCGUCUUGCCGACGAUAUCUUUGAGAUUGAUGGGGCUCCCAUCGAUGGCCGACAUUACUGCAUCGCCUCGAGACCCGAAGGCCAGAGCAUGCGCGUGCUACAGGAGACAUUUCCAAAUGCCAUCCUGCCAAAGCUUCUUGUGAAAUCGAUCAUACACCGCUUAUGGUUCUCGGUUAACUGGUUUCAUUCAACAUGCGGUGUCAUACAUACUGAUAUUUCGCCUCAGAAUGUUCUUAUGCUACUCGAGGAUCAUAGCAGCCUUAAGGACAUCGAAGACCAAGAGUUGCGGAGUCCUAGCGUCCCCGUAACCACGACCAAUGGAGCGGCUCCCGUGUAUAGGUCUCGACAAACUAAGUUAGAGCUUUCAGGCCUCCCGGUCCUUACUGAUUUCGGGCAAAUGCGACUAGCCGAAGGGCAGACUAACCAGGAUUGGUGGAUGUCUGAUUUAUACAGGGCUCCAGAGGUCCUCUUAGGCUUGCCAUGGGAAUAUCCUGUCGACGUGUGGUCUAUUGGAGUUAUGACACUAGAGCUUCUGGAAGGGAAGAAUCUAUUUGACCCUAUUGAUCGGGUCAACAAUCAGUAUGUUCUUCCGUUGGCAUUAGCCCAGUAUAUUGGAUAUCUGGGUCCUCCGCCGCUGGAGAUGCUACGCAAAAGCCCACUCUUUUCGACCUAUUUUGAUGAACAGGUGAGGGCCAAUUCGUACGAGCUUAUCCAAGACGAGUGGAUGAUGAGGCCUCCUUCCGAGGAAGAUAUCGCAAACUGCAUGGGUUAA